AUGCAGGUGGCAGAGGAGCCCUUUCCGUGCGCCCGGUGUGGAAAGCGCUUGGGCCCCAACGAGCAGCAGCGGAUAGACGAGGGCCCCCGGAUGUGUCCUAGGUGCCACCAGGCCUCGGGUCCUUUCCCCCAUGAGCCCGGCCGCCAGGUCCGGCAGCUGUACGCCUGCGUCGAGUGCGGCAAGGCCUUCACGUGCACCGCAAGACUGCUGCAGCCCGAGGGCAUCCACACGGUUGGGCGGCCCUAGUGCGCCGACUGCGGCCAGGCCUUCGUGCGUGCACUGCUCCGGCCUCCAGGGGCCACCAGAAGACGCACUCGACCGAGCACCGCAACCGCGCCGCGGCCCUGGCCCUGCUUCCGGCCGAGGUGCUCGCCGCGCGGGGAGAAGCCCCAUGAGUGCGCCGAGAGUACCAAGGCAUUCGGCCUGCUCUCGCAGCUGGCGGAGCACCGGCGGUGUGUGCACACAGGCGAGAAGCCCUACGCCUGCUCGGAGUGCAGCAAAGCCUUCAACCAGCGCUCGAAACUGAGCCGGCACUGGCGCACGCACAGCAGCGCCAGGCCCUACGCGUGCCGGCUGUGCGACAAGGCCUUCAAGGGCCGCUCCGGCCGGGUCCAGCACCAGCGCGCACACACCAGCGAGCGGCCCUACGGCUGUCCCGAGUGCGGCAAGACCUUCCGGGGCUGCUCCGAGCUGCACCAGCAGGAGCGCCUGCACUCGGGGGAGAAGCCCUGCCUCUGCGCCGACUGCGGCCAGGCCUUCGUGCGCAACUGCAGCCUCGCGCGCCAGCGCGCUCACACCGGCGAGCGGCCCUACGCGUGCGGCCGCUGCGGCCGCGCCUUCAGCCAGCGAUCCAACCUCCACGAGCACCAGCAGCGGCCCGCGGGCGGCGCGUUAAACCUCGCCUCGCGCACACGGCGUCCACAGGUGUCCCCCACCUGA